UUCUCCUUAACAAAUAACAAUAACACCCAAUUGCCAACUGCACAGACUCGGCUUUCUGGGGGGAAAUUCUUUGUUUCUUUUUCAAGAAUACGAUUUCUUCUAAGCAUAUUAGCCCCCACCCCCUCCUAAGCACCAUCUGCAUCAUCGUAUCUUGAUUUGUCAGUCAGCUUCUGGGCCCAAAAAAACAGCAUUUUUAUGGCAUCUUUUAAUGCAUGAUAUCUUUUUCCAUCUUCUUCUCCGCCAACUUUUCUUGGUAUAAACUCAACACCCCUUUUUUUGUUAGAGAAAAAAAAACCACCCUUUUUCUAUUUUGCCCAUUUAAUCGAACCAUAAGGAAGAAAAGAAAAAGUGGGAAAACAAGUUUUAAUUUUUGUUAGCAUCGUUUAUUACUUAGGUAUCUUCACAAGCCCGUCCUCGCAUCGUUUGGCCUUAUAAAUAAGCAAUGGCUGCAACAACAAUUCACCAAGCAGUUGGGACUCUUCAGUCUUGUCGAAGUAAUGGUAACUCUGUAUUGUGUCCCGAUUAUGGGCAUGUUUCAUUAAGAUCGGUGUCCAAGGGUUUCAAGGUUGAUGUUGGAUUGGUGAGAGGAGGAAGUUAUUGUUCUAAAAAGAGAGGUAAUUGUGUAAUUCAAGCCUCUGCUUCUCAGGCUACAGUUUCUGAUGCAGUUUCAGCACCAUCAAGUGCCAACAGCAGUGACUCCAAGAAAAAAACAAGUGAAGCUGCUCUAAUCCUGAUUAGGCACGGCGAGUCUAUGUGGAAUGAAAAAAACUUGUUCACUGGUUGUGUAGACGUGCCUUUAACCAAAAAGGGUGUGGAGGAGGCCGUUGAAGCUGGGAAAAGAAUUAGCAAUAUACCUGUUGACAUGAUCUAUACUUCUUCUUUGAUUCGUGCCCAAAUGACUGCGAUGCUUGCCAUGACCCAGCACCGUCGGAAGAAGGUUCCAACUAUCAUUCAUGAAGAGAGUGAACAAGCAGGAACUUGGAGUCAGAUUUUCAGUGAAGAGACCAACAAGCAAUGCAUUCCAGUUGUAACAGCUUGGCAACUAAAUGAGAGAAUGUAUGGGGAAUUACAAGGUCUUAAUAAGCAGGAAACAGCUGAUAGAUAUGGAAAAGAGCAGGUUCAUGAGUGGCGUCGUAGUUAUGAUAUUCCUCCUCCAAACGGAGAAAGUUUGGAAAUGUGUGCUGACAGAGCUGUUGCCUACUUUAAAGAGCAUAUUGAACCCCAACUUGCAGGUGGAAAAAAUAUAAUGAUCGCUGCCCAUGGGAACUCAUUGAGGUCCAUCAUUAUGUAUCUCGACAAGCUAACAUCUCAAGAGGUCAUAAGUUUGGAACUUUCCACUGGAAUCCCCAUGCUUUACAUUUUCAAAGAGGGAAAGUUUAUUCGCAGAGGAAGUCCUGCUGCACCAACAGAGGCAGGGGUCUAUGCUUAUACCAAGACCUUGGCUCAAUACAGACAAAAGCUAGAUAAUAUGGUUCAGUAAUGUGACAAGGAAAUUGCUUUCAGUUGAAGUAGAUCUCAUGUGCUUCGUGGAGACAUGUUUCUCAUGCAAAUGGGAGGGAUUUUUUUUUCGUUUUUCCCCCUUUAGUGUAGUCUUCGAAUAGGUCAAAGAACUUGAGUUUUUCAUAUAUGUUGUACUGUAUGUGUUUAUGUUGUGAAUUGUAAUGUAGAUUAUGUGGGUUUGAUCAGUAUGAUACAGACAGAAAUAAGACAGUGAACUGCCAGUGUUGUUGUUCAUCUAUGCAGACAGCCCAUAUAUACAUA